AUGACCCUGGCAGCUGUUGCUGCAGUGCUGCCUCUGCUGUUGCAAGGUCCGUACCGCGUAUUGAGGGGCCGUGUUAAUAAUGUAGGGUUUCUAUCAGAUGAACGCCUAAUACCAUACUUAGAGUUAGUCGGGUUCAGAUCAGCGGCAUUGAUCUGGACUUUUGAUCUGCGACACGACUCGAUUUCCGCUUUAGUCGAGCGAUGGCGUCCGAAGACCCACACAUUUCAUUUGCCGUGCGGAGAGUGUACCGUCACUCUAGAGGAUGUUGCACUACAGCUCGGGCUUCCUAUCGACGGGAAUGCGGUCACAAGCUUAAGUUCAAUCUCUAGGCUGGCUACCUUUUGCUAUGAAUUGCUUGGACGCUCGUCAAGUGAGGGGAAAUUUACCAGUUUGAGAUUUUCAUGGAUAAAGGUUAAUUUUAAGCAUUUGCCAAGUACUGCCGAUGAAUGGGAGGUAAUGCAGGCCGUUCGAGCUUACAUUAUGCACCUUAUAGGGGGUGUACUCAUGCCGGAUGCAAAUGGCAGUAAAGUUUACUUGAUAUGGAGUACUAAUCCGGGUAUCGGGAGGACAUACACGAUUCCGAUAUACCAUCUAAUGAUUGAGAAUCAUACUGGAGAGGCGAAAUUAUGGCAGUUAUCCCCUCAUCUGCCCACGUCCACUCAAACCUAUGGUGCAGUAGCGCACCCGUUAUCAAUUUUCAGGUAG